UAUAUAUGUAUAUAUCGCUUUGAUCGUACAUCUCGUGUGCUCGUGGCAAGCUACAAUUUCGAUUAAAUCAUUUUUCUCGUAUUUGAUAACACGACGCGUUUCGUUUUGGUGUUCAUAACGAGUUUUUUGGCUAUUGAAACAUUUUUCAAUUAAUUAAAACUUUACAAAAGCAUCAAGAUGAACGAUCUAUCGCCAGUGCAGGAAUACUACAAGGAUAAGACCAUCUUCAUCACGGGCGCAUCUGGCUUCAUGGGCAAGGUGCUGCUGGAGAAGCUGCUCUACUCAUGCCACUCGCUCAAGGAGGUGAUCAUCAUUUGCCGCCCGAAGCGCGGCAAGACGCCCGAGACCCGGCUCGAGGAGAUGUUCAAGCUGCCCAUCUUUCAGCGCAUUCGCGACGAGCGUCCGCACAUGCUCAAGAAGGUGACCAUCUACCAGGGUGAUGUGACCUACGAUUUGUUGGGCCUGAGCGGCGAUAGCCUCAAGCAUGUGGUGGAGAACACGAAUAUUGUCUUCCACAUGGCGGCCACCCUGAAGCUGGAGGGCAAUCUGCGGGAUGCCAUCGACAUGAAUCUGAUGGGCACACAGCGUGCGCUGAAUGUGGCCAAGGAAAUGAAGCAACUGGAGGCAUUUGUGCACCUGUCGACGGCAUUCUGCAACUGCGACCAGGAGGUGAUGUACGAGAAGGUCUACGAAUUUCCUCACAAGCCGGAGGAUCUGAUGCGCCUGGCCGAGUGGAUGGAUGUUAAGACCCUGGAUGCCAUUACGCCCGAUCUAUUGAAGCCGCAUCCGAAUACCUACACCUAUUCGAAGCGUCUGGCUGAGCUGCUGGUGCGCGAUCAUUACGAAACCAUGCCGGUCAUCAUAGCACGUCCCAGCAUCGUUUCACCAUCGGCCUAUGAGCCCGUCCCUGGCUGGGUGGAUAAUCUGAAUGGCCCCACUGGUCUCAUGGUGGGCGCUGGCAAGGGCGUCAUUCGAUCCAUGCUCAUCGAUACGCGUCACAAAUCGGAGGUCAUACCGGUGGACUAUGCCAUCAAUGGUCUAUGCGUCAUACCGUAUCAGUUUACCACGCAGAAACGGCCGGUGGAUGUGCCCGUCUAUAAUAUAACGUGCGCCGAUCAUCGCAAAACAAUGGGGGAAGUAAUCGAGCUGAGCAAAAAGAUUGGUUAUCAGUAUCCAAUGGAGGCGGGUCUCUGGUAUCCGGAUGGCUGCAUAACCACCAACAGAUUCCAUCAUAAUAUCAAUGUGGUGCUCUUCCAUUGGCUGCCCGCCUAUUUGAUCGAUUUCAUGCUCUUCAUUUUGGGCCAGAAGCGCUUUAUGAUACGUGUACAGAAUCGCAUCUCAGUGGGAUUGGAGGUGCUGCAAUUCUUUACGAUGCGCGCCUGGUACUUCAAGUCGGAUGCCUAUGCAUCGCUCUGGAAUAUGCUGACUGAUGCCGAUCGGAAAAACUUCAACAUGGACAUGGAUCCAGAGGAAACAAUACCCAUGUACAUUGAGUCCUGUGUGCAAGGCGGUCGUCAGUAUUUGAUGAAGGAGUCGCCCGAAUCUCUGCCACGUGCACGUCGCCAGCUCAUGCUGAUGUAUCUAUUGGAUCGCGCGUGCAAGACGAUCAUCGUUGGUUUCCUCGGUUACUGGACGUAUGGCCUUAUCUCACGCCUUGUGGGCGCCUAGAACGGGACUCACAGAGAGAUUUAUAGAAGCAUAUAGCCAAAAUAUUAUUGCUCGCUUUACCAAUAUAAUGCUUAGGUUCGCUUUAUGGGGUACAAAAAACGUUUGUUUAUUAAAUGUUUUGCUUUUUAAUGUUAAGUGUUUCGAAAUGCAAUAAAAUAAUAACGGUUCGUUAACUUGUAUGUGUACGUGUUCGAGUGUUGAAAGUGUCAAAAGAGGAUUACGAAAGAGCCAAAAAAAAAAAAA